UUUUAUUCGCCGGCGGUUGUAUGAAUUAUCGGUGGAUGAUAAUGUGCAUUUAAAAAGCGGCGAGCUUCUGUGCCGGUCUGCGAAAGGGCAAUCAUGGCAUUAGACUUUGAUGUUGAAACAUUCCUUCAUAACUUGAAGGCAACAAAGCCUCCAUAUGAGUGUCCAGUGGAGAACUGUGGAAAGGUCUACAAGAGUUUCUCCGGCAUUCAAGUCCAUCUAGACAACUAUGACCACAGUGUUGCUACUCCUGCCACACAAUCUUCAAAAUCUGCUCGGAAGAAGGGCAAGAGCCGGCGUGGCCAGGCGGACCGGUCGCCGUCGCCGGUACCCUUCGAGCCCGUCAAGGUGUCGCGCGAGCCCAAGAUCAGCUACGUGGACGCCACCAAGAUGCUGGAGUAUGAAGCCGAUGGCUGCUCCCUUAGCUUCAGCAUCUCCGACAGGCUCACCAUCAUGUCCAAGGCCGAGUACGAGGCGCUGGUGCCGCCGCCGCAGGUGCUGCCCUCUAGCCCGGAGCCGGCACACCCUACGCCUGCCAAGCACGGGCCGGCCGCCUUCUGCGAGGGCGCCGACGACUAUCAGCUGGACGACGCCCCGCCCAUGCCCAACAACUACAUCAGGUUCAUCGAGAAGUCGCUGGACGAGCUGGACGAGGAGGUCGAGUACGACAUGGACGAGGAGGACGUGGCUUGGCUGGAGAUCACUAACCAGCAGCGGCGCGAACGCGGCCUGCCGCCCGUGCUGGACCGCGACCUGGAGAUGCUGAUGGACCGGCUGGAGAAGGAGAGCUACUUCCAGGCGCAGACGACCGUCGGCACGAACGCGGCGCCGAUCGACGAGGAGGCCGUCUGCUGCAUCUGCAUGGACGGCGAAUGCGAGAACAGCAACGUGAUCCUGUUCUGCGACAUGUGCAACCUGCCGGUGCACCAGGAGUGCUACGGCGUGCCUUACAUCCCCGAGGGCCAGUGGUGGUGCCGUCGCUGCCUGCAGUCGCCCUCACGCGCCGUCGACUGCGUCCUCUGCCCGAACAAGGGCGGCGCCUUCAAGCAGACCGACGACAACCGCUGGGCGCACGUCGUGUGCGCCCUUUGGGUGCCCGAGGUCUGCUUCGCCAACACGGUAUUUCUAGAGCCGAUCGACAGCAUAGACAGGAUACCGCCGGCCCGCUGGAAGCUCUCCUGCUACAUCUGCAAACAGCGUAACGUCGGCGCCUGCAUACAGUGUCACAAGGCCAACUGCUACACAGCGUUCCACGUGACGUGUGCGCAGCAGGCGGGCAUGCACAUGAAGAUCGACGCGGUGCGCGAGACCAGCUCCACGGGCACCUCCUUCACCGUCCGGAAGGCGGCCUACUGCGACAUCCACACACCGGCCGACUCGGACGCGAAGCCCCAGCUGGAGGAGGGCCCCAUGGACUCGGCGCGCAAGGCGCAAGCAAAGGCCGAGUCGCGACAGAAGAUGCGCAAGGCGCGCAAGAUCUUGGCCGAGAGACGCUCGGCCAUGCCCGUCGUCUCCGUGCCCACCAUACCGCCCGAGAGGGUGCAGCACCUGGCCUCCCUGAUCGAGUACCCGCGCAAGAACCACUUCAUCCAGCGCCUGCUGGCCUACUGGACGCUGAAGCGGUACUCGCGGAACGGCGUGCCCCUGCUUCGCCGUCUGCAGGUGUCGGCCAAACAGGCGCGGCGCUCCGACGGCGUCGCCCGGGACGCCGGCCAGGACAAGAGCGAGAUCCGUGAGCAGAUCAAGUACUGGCAGCGGCUGCGGCAGGACCUGGAGAAGGUCCGCCUGCUCUGCGAGCUCAUCAGGAAGAGGGAGAAGACUAAACGCGAACUGGUGAAAACCACGGAGCGGGAGGUACGGCUGCGUCUGACGCCGCUCCAAUUCUUUCUGGAGAGCGUGGUGGACCAGCUGUGCGCCAAGGACCAGGGCGGUAUAUUCGCCGAGCCGGUCGACACGGACGAGGUGACGGACUACCUGUCCGUGAUCACGGAGCCCAUGGACUUGUCCACGAUGGCGCGCAAGGUGCGGGACCACGAGUACACGGCCCUGCGCCAGCUGGUGGCCGACUUCGACCUCAUGAUUCAGAACUGCCUCACCUACAACGGGCCAACCACGCUCUUCUACAAGGCCGGCGUCAAGCUGCGAGACGCGGGCGGCGCGAUCCUGCGGCGCUCGUGCCGCGAGCUGGACCAGAUCGGCUUCGACCCGGACUCGGGCCUGCUGCUGUCGGAGCCGCCGGCGCCGGCCGGUCAGCAGCGCACCGACGAACACAUCCUGGAACAGGUGGACCGGUUUCUCUCGGGCACGGAGCGUGAGCGGAUGAGCGACGACGACCAGAUGAACGCGCUGCUGCAGCACCUGGACACGGUGGCCGAGCUGCGUCACGGCGGAUCCCGCGUCAAAUGGACCAAGGCGCUCAGGGUGGAGAUCUCCAAACUGCGCCGUCGGAAGGCGCUGGCUCUGACGGGCGGCUCGCUGGGACGGAAGCCGGCGCCGGCUGGCCAGAAGCGCCGCCGCCACGGCUCCGACUCCUCCGGCUCCCAGUCAGGCGACGACUCGUCGGACGGCACCGAGGACAACACGGAGGCGUGCAGCGAGGUCAGCAGCGCGCGCCGCUCCCGGGACUCGUCGCCACACGAGCGGCCGCCGCCGCCCCAGGAGGCCAGGGGAUCGAAGGCGGGCGCUCGUCGCGGCUCGUCAGGAAAGCGGGGCCGGGCCGGCGGCCGCGGCUCGCCGGCCAAGGGCUCGGCGGCCGCCGCCUCCUCCGGCGCCGAGAGUCACGACGGAAACGAGCUGUCGGCGGAGGGCGGCACGCGCCAGCCGACGGCGGCCAGCCCGCCGGCCAGUCGCCGCCUGGCCGGCUCGGCCGCCUCCAGUCCGGCCGGGGUCAACCGACGCACGGCCGUGCUCUUCACCAAGAAGGCGGCCGGCAUCAAGGGUAGUCCGUCUCCUCAGAAGAAGGACGGCAGGAAACGGACCAAGUCUGGGUCACAGCCGGCCAGCGCGGACGAUAAUGUGACGGUGUCACGCUCCAAGUCACGCUCGACCGACGACGGUGACGAGGAGGCGGCGCCUGCCGGCUCGGGCCGGGACAGCGGCGACGAGGUGCCGCCCACCAACGCCAGCUUCACACAGUACCGGCAGCGGCGAGAGGCGGCGGUCGGCACCGACGAUGAGACGGCCAGCGAGCCCGACGACACCGUGCCGCCCGGCAUCGAGACGGGCUCCGAGGACUCGGACCUCGACACGGCCGACGACCUGGACGACGAUGACGUCAUCAGCGGCUCGGAGAUCCCGCUGGAGCCGCUGGACCUGGUGUGGGCCAAGUGUCGCGGCUAUCCCUGGUACCCGGCUCUGAUCAUCAACCCCAAGAUGCCGCGCACCGGCUACUUCCACAACGGCGUGCCGAUCCCAGUUCCGCCCGACGACGUGCUGGCGCUGGCUGACGUUCACACCGGCCCCAUGUACCUGGUGCUGUUCUUCGACGCCAAGCGCACCUGGCAGUGGCUGCCGCGCAACAAGCUGGAGCCGCUGGGCGUCGACCCGGCGCUGGACAAGGCCAAGCUGGUGGAGUCGCGCAAGGCGGCCGACCGCAAGGCCGUCAAGACCGCCUACGAGAAGGGCAUUCUGCAUCAGUGCCGCGUCACCGGCAAGAACGCCACGUUCAGCCUGGAGUCGGCUGACAAGGAGAAGCCGUCCGCCGUCGAUCUGUGCUACAAGGGCUCGCUGUGAGGCGCCGCGUCCCGUGCACCGAACUCCUCCCCGUGCCGCGGGGAGGGGCACGGACGCGGCGGGGAGUGGCGCCCCAGCUGGGGAGCGGCGACCGCUCCGCCAGAUGCUGGUCGGUGGGGAAGGCACCUAUUGGCUGCGGUGUGUCGGGGCACGGUAGCGCUGUCCUGGGUUGCUGGUGUCACGCGCAAGAUUCGACCCCGAUGCCGUGCGAACUGAGGCCUCCAUCCACAGCGAGUGCGUCCGGCUGGUAGGGUAGGCGCCGUGUGGGCGACCCGCGCGCAGUGCCCCCGCCGGCCGGCGGCGGCCUCGGCCAGCUGUGACUGACGCCUGGCUCCGCCGGACCACACUGCCGAGCUGACAGCGGUCCACAGCGAGGGCCGCAGGCGCUGGGUGAUGUACAAAUGACGACUUUUGAGGCGUUGGCCGUGGUCUGUGGUAAGGAAGGCAUUUGAAGGCCAGAGAACUCGGGAGUCACGUAUUGUGCUGCCAAUGGCUUUGAUUUCAUCGCCAUCGAUGUAUUCAUUUUCACCGAGCAUAGUGGCUUGACUAGGGUUUCAGACAACUUGGAUCAAGCUUGGUUGUUAGAUGUCGUCUUUGAAGUAAAUGAGUCGUAAAUAUACGA